AGUUCAGGGAUAAGCACUUUAAUUUAUAUAUAUGUAUGAAUAUUUUUAUUUAUUUAAUAAUUAUUAAAAUGACAAUUAUUAAAUGACAGAACUAUGAAUAUUUUUUUAUUAACGUCAGGCUAAUUAUUUAAGGAAGCAGCAAUGACUGAUACUCCGAAACUACCCUUGCCUCUCAAUCCUAUUAAAUCAAGCCCUUUGGAGGAAAGAAGAUUGUGGGUAGGAAAUUUAGAUCUUAGAAUUAAUGAGUACCAACUAUUGAAAAUCGUUCAAAAAUAUGGGAAAAUCGAAAAGUUUGAUCUGCUCUUCCAUCGAUCUGGACCACAAGCUGGUCAGCCAAGAGGUUAUGCUUUUGUAACGUAUGUGACUGUUGAAGAUGCUGAAAAAGCAAAAAAAAUUCUACAUAAUGCUAAAUUAGGAUCUAAGAAUGUCAUCGUCCAUUGGGCUCACACCGUUUCUGAGGUGGAAAACGACAAGGCAAAACCACUGAUUGACAUUCCAGCUCUAUCAGGUGCCAAAAAAGAAGAAAAAAAAAUAAGUCGCGAAAUAGCGAUACAAGCAAUUGAAGCCAAAUUAAAAUUAAUGAAAGAAUGUGAAGAAGAAUUCGAAUUGAACAAACCUUUAGUUGGUAAUCCAAUAAUUCGGCAGUACCAAAAGCCUGAAACGCCAAAACCAUCAUCAUCAAGCAAACACUAUCUCCAUCGACAUCACCAGAAUCGUCCAUACUCCAGAUCGAAGCCGAGAAGAUAAAAAUAGCUCCCGACUAUAUUUUUAUUAAUCAAAUAUAUUUAAUCAAUAGUGGCUUUUUAAACAAUUUUUAUCCAUGACAAUUGUAAGUCGUCCUACUGUGUCUUCGUUUAUAAGUGUUUUUGAGAUUUAAUUAUACACAUAUAUAUUGUCAAAAAAUUAUUUUCGUUGCUUUGUAUGUGAUUAAAACUCAACGAAAACUAUAUAUCAAUAACUAAAACAAAAAACUACGAACUGAAGCUCUAUGAUAUUAUUGUACAAGUAAUUUAUUAAUUAAAUACGCAUUUCAAAAAAAAAA